UCUAGCUUUAUUUAAACAAACUCAGUUACAAUCACCAGAUGUUUGCAAAGUUCAAACAUGUCAAUGAACUGAAAAUCUGACGUCACGCCGAGCAGUAUUGAUGUGUGACGUCAGAGCCGAUCGGUACCGAGCAUCAGGUCAGCUGUGAGUCAGUCAGGAGGAGAGCUUCACCUGCAGUGUCUCCGUCUCUUUAAAGGGGGACUGGGCGGGUCACAUGCCGGCUCCGGUGUCCCCUCCUCCGUGUCUUACCGGAGUCUGAGUGUGUGUGAGCGUGGGUCCGUGCGCGCGUGUGUGUUGUUGAUGUUGUAAACCGGCUCCCGGCCUCGCUCCGCGUCCUCUCCGUGUCCCGGUGUGUAUAUAAAGGCCCGGAGGAUGUCCGCCCGCUGAGCUCCAGGGACGAGAUGCUGCCGCUCGGACUGAUGCUGCUCCUGCUGCCGGCCGCCGCCGCCGACCUGCCCGGGACGGGCUCUCCGCCGCUCCGGGGGCCGGGGCUCGGCUUCUCUCCGCCGGUCCCCGCCUCUCCCUCCGCCCCGCCGCUCCUCCUCCCGCAGCCCGGGGCGGAAUACGGGGCGCCCGGCGUCGCCUUGGCCCGGUCCGCUGCAGAGGAACCGACCGGCACCGGAGAGGAGGAAGACCCAGGGGAGCAUGAUCAUCAUCACGGCGGCGGGUACCGGGUGGUCCAGUGGGAGUGGAGCUACGUCCAGACCCCGUACAUCAUCGCCAUCUGGCUACUGGUGGCCAGCGUGGCCAAGAUCUUGUUCCACUUCUCCCAGCGCUUCACCACCGUGGUCCCAGAGAGCUGCAUGCUGAUCCUGCUGGGUCUGGUCCUGGGCGGGGUCGUCCUCAUAGCCAAUAAGAAGCAGCUAUACCAGCUAGAGCCCAGCCUCUUCUUCCUCUUCCUGCUGCCGACCAUCGUGGGUGAUGCCGGAUACUUCAUGCCAGCCAGGCUCUUCUUCGACAACCUGGGAGCCAUCCUGACAUACGCUGUGGUGGGAACGCUGUGGAACGCCUUCUGCACCGGGUUCUCCCUGUACACAGCCAAACUGCUGGGGUUCAUAGAUGAGCAUGUGCAGGCCGAAAUGUUGGACUUCCUGCUGUUCGGCGCCUUGAUCUCAGCCGUCGACCCCGUGGCGGUGCUGGCUGUGUUUGAGGAGGUUCACGUCAAUGAAACGCUCUUCAUCAUCGUGUUUGGAGAGUCACUGGUCAAUGACGCCGUCACCGUGGUUUUAUAUAAAGUCUACAUUUCCUUUGUGGAAGUGGGAGCAGAGAAUGUGCAGACAGCAGAUUACUUCAAAGGAGUCGCCUCCUUCCUCAUCGUCAGUAUCGGGGGGACUAUGGUGGGUCUGAUCUUUGCCGUCAUCCUGGGCUUCAUCACUCGCUUCACCAAGAAAGUCCGGAUCAUCGAGCCGCUCCUCGUCUUCCUGAUGGUCUACUUGGCCUACCUGACCGCCGAGCUCUUCUCCCUGUCCGCCAUCCUGUCCAUGACCUUCUGUGGUAUCGGGGCCAACAAAUAUGUGGAGGCCAACAUUUCCCAGAAGUCUCGAACCACGGUGAAGUACACCAUGAAGACUCUGGCCAGCAUCGCCGAGACCAUCAUCUUCAUCUUCCUGGGCAUCUCAGCUGUGGACAAGUCAAAGUGGGCCUGGGACACGGGCCUGGUGUCCUGCACCCUCGUCUUCAUCUUCAUUUUCAGAGCUGUCGGUGUGGUUGGUCAGACCUGGGUUCUGAACCGCUUCCGGCUUGUCCCACUGGAGAAGAUCGACCAGGUGGUGAUGUCAUAUGGCGGCCUUCGGGGAGCGGUGGCUUUCGCCCUGGUUGUACUGCUAGACGGCGAGCAAGUCAAAGCCAAGGAUUACUUCGUCGCAACGACGAUCGUGGUUGUCUUCUUCACCGUCAUGUUCCAGGGUCUGACCAUCAAACCACUGGUGAAGUGGCUCAAAGUUCCUCGUGCCACCAACAGGAAGCCUACCAUCAACGAGGAGAUCCACGAGAGGGCCUUCGACCACAUCCUGACUGCGGUGGAGGACAUCGCAGGACUGCAAGGAUAUCACCACUGGCGAGACAAGUGGGAGCAGUUUGACAAGAACUACCUGAGUAAGCUGCUGCUGAGGAAGUCUGUCUACAGGAAGAGUGAACUAUGGGAGGCUUAUCAGAAGAUCAACAUCAGAGACGCCAUCAGCGUCAUCGACCAGGGUGGGAACGUCCUGACCUCAGCCAGACUGUCUCUGCCCUCAAUGGCCAGCAGAGCCUCGUUCCCCGAAGUCACCAACGUCACAAACUACCUACGUGAGAACGGCAGCGGUGUGUGUCUGGACCUCCAGGUCAUCGAUAACAUUCCUGGAGCCAAAGUGGAGGAGGACAUGGAGACGCACCAUGUCCUCGCUGGAAACCUGUACAAACCCAGGCGACGGUAUCAGUCCCACUACAGUCGUCACUUCAUGCCGCUGGGGGAGCAGGAGCGCCAGGACCGGGAGGUGUUUCAGAGGAACAUGAGGAGCCGCAUGGAGACCUUCAAAUCCACCCGAUACAAACGCCACAAGAAGGAGCGCAGCCUGAAGAAGCGGCGAGGAUCCGACGUCAAGGAGGACGGCAGCGAUAAACCCAGACGUAACGUCAGCUGGCAGGACAAAGAUCCGGUGGUUGUUCCCGUGGAGACGGAGGACAAAGCUGAACAUUCAGAUCCCGAGAAAGACGAAGACGUCGGGAUCACCUUCAUAGCUCGGAAGGCCGAGACGCCAAAGCAACGACCCAAAUCGGUGCCAGCAGCUCUGGAAGGGUGUCAAAUUCCGCUACUACCACCUCCACCACCUGCACCACCCUCGCCACCACCUGCAUCCUCCUCACCGACCAGUGAAGACAGUCAUUUGCCGUGGAAAGGCAGUCUGGGCUCGCCUCCCCCCUGCGUGUCUUUGGAGGCCACAAAGAUCAUCCCAGUGGACCUCCAGCAGGCCUGGAACCAGAGCAUCUCCUCUCUGGAGAGCAUCUCUUCCCCACCAGCCGCUGCUGAGCCCGUCCACCCACGGGUGAGCGCCCUCUCCAGGCUGGGUGGACCCCGCCCAGCUUCCUACACGCCACCCGGCAGCGCAGCGGGCAGCACUUUCUCCAUCGGACCUCAGGUGUCUCAGGGCUCGUUCCUCUUCCCAGACAAGAAGAAGGAGGAGGAGGAAGAAGAAGAGGACGUGGAAGGGGGAGUGGCUGCGGAGAUGCAGCCGCUCAUGUCUUCCCUGAAGCCUCCCGGACCGUUGCCGCCUCCACCGCCACCACCUAGCUCCGCCCCCGGCUCUGGGAGGAGGAGGACCCCCUGCGUGUACCUGAGGAGCCUGGUGACAUCGCCCCCUCCUGAGCCUCACAGCAGAGGGCCCACCCAGCUGUAACAGGAGAUCCUAGAUCAGUGGAACAUCACCCACCUGCAGAGCAGGGCUGGACUCCACCAAUCAGCAGCUUCAGGAUACUCACAGACAUCAGGUGAUGUGCUUCCUGUUAGGCCGUCCAAUAGGAAACUAGCUCAUCAUCCGUCCUCCCACAGCUGCACCUCUUAGCGGGUCCGAUCUUCUCUCCUGUAGCCUGAGCUCCAUGUGACCAACCUGCAGAGGUCAGAGGUCACCUGCUGCUUUUGAUCUGUGCGUCACCAGCCAACACAGGUGCAGACAAGUGUUCAGAUUCAGGUGACUGUUAGGCAGGUGAACGGUGUGAUGUUACAGAUUUUAUCAUCAUCAGAUCUCAUGUUCAGACUCAAAGCAGUCGUGUGUUUAUGUGUCUCUCGUGGCUUUCAGCUUCCUGUCUGCGAUUCUCUAGCCUUUAAAUUCUCCUCAAACAUCCAGAGUUUUGUCUUUUGACCUCAAAGCAGGGUAAACGGGCUCAGACUGACGGUACUCCAAAGCUCCAGGUGUUUGUUGUUUUUGGACAUGAUUGAGUAAAUUAGCUGAGUUCCUGCUGCUGUUUCAUCGGGAUCGUUUCUUCUCAGUCUGUGGCUCUCAGCUCUGAGCCCAGUGCUGAAGCCUUAAAGCUUUCUGAAAAGGUUUGGUAAUUCCUGCAGACAGCUCUCUGUAGUUUUAUCAGAUAAACAGGAGGACAUAGUGUAUUUAUUUGGAACUAUUUUUAGUGGCAGACUAAUCAACGUCUAAGUCAGUGGAGAGCUGAGAGAAGUUUCCCUUCAGGGCUUUCUGAUUCAUUUUAAAAGUGGAGGGGCCACAAAACACUAACUAUCUGUUCACCACAUGGAGGGACUCAAGCCUAGAAUCAACCUGCCAACCCAGUGAUUAUCAGACAAAGCUCUACUGCUAGCGCCACAGAUGGAUGUCCUUACAGUGGGCAUAAAACCAAGGCACCUUUAACAUCAUCAAGUGCAGCGUUCUAGUAAAGAUUAUAUAUGCAGUUUCCUGUCAGCUCUUCUCUCUCACAAAGAUGUUUGCCAGCUUUAUUUAUCUCGAUGUCUGAGAGUGGAUGGCAAACAGGGAGAGAGUUAUAAGUAACGUUAAAAGCACGAACACGGAGGUGAAGUCAAAGUGGCCUUUGUCUUUCUGUCAGAAAGUCCUGCAGACAAACUUCUGUAGUCGAUCCUUUCACUGUCUGUUUGAGUCUGUACAUGAACUGUCUGAUCUCUGUUUGGCCUCAUACUCAUCGACAGAAUCAGCUCUCAGUCUCACUGCUGCUCUGCUGUAGGUCUGCAUAGGAAAAUCUGUGUGUUAUUGAUCAAAUCCGCAAUUUAUAACUAUGUAAUCACUUAUCAGAAUAUUCUUGCUGCAGGUGGACAUUAACAAAGCCCACUUGAUUGCAAGUUGGAGGAAAAUUUCAUAUUUUAUGUAGUUUAUCACAGAGUGAAGGAGUUAUAAGUGACAUAGUGAGUGCAAUAUAAUCACAGAUUAUGAAUAAAACAAUAAAAAUAAUCCUUGGUCCUUGGUUGUAGUCAAGUGCAUUCAAACCCCUCUCUGCAGCUGCUGACUUGUGCCUGAUUUUACCUGUUUAAUGUUGAUUUGUUACUAAUUAAAUACCUUCACAAAUUCAGAGUUUUUUCCUUUAAAUGUCCUUUAAUCAGUUGCUGCCUGAGGCAAAUUUUCUGGUGCAGAUUGUAGUUUGGGUUCAUGAGCAACUGGUUUGAAAACCCAACUGCAGACAGCAGCAGGGGGCGCUGCUGCACAGAGGGGUUAAGACCUCCACCUGCUGCCACCCUUUAACCUGAGCUGAUAGAAGCUUUUCUGACAGUCAGAGUUCUUUGCUUUGCUCAGAAUCUGAAUGUGUGUAUUUAUUCUGUCAAAGCUGCUCGUAAACCGUAAAAAUCUGAAAAUGUAUUUUGUAAAACUGCAGAUAUAUAAAAUCUACAGAGUAGUUUAUUUUAAAUGACCAAAGUGUGUAAUAACAAGCAUAAUGAACAUAUCUAUGGCGUGCGUCCGUCUGUAACUGCCUUACUCUGUCGUGUCUGUGUUCAGCUCUCUGUUGAUUCAGUGUUUGUCUUACUGCAUGUGUUUUUCUGUCUCUGUGUGUGUGCGUGUGUGUGGGUGGGUGUAGAGGUCAGUCUCCGGCCGUCUGCAGGUUUUUAUCCCACCAGCAGGCAAACAUGUUUGUGUGAUGGUUUCUUUAGUUUUCUCUUGUUUUGCCAAAGAAUGUUUUUUUGCCUUAACGUCUCAUCGAGCUGCUUUUACUCCGUCAGCCGAUCACAGAUCUGCAGCCUCUGCAGCCGCUCAGCUUCACCCUCAAAGUCCUGUCGGCCUCUCAAUCCAGAAAGCACACAGAACAAAAAACUAAAACGAGAUCUCACUGUUCUCCACGGUGCUGAUGCUCCAUAGACUGUAUAUAAAAGACAGCAUCAUGUUUGAAGCCUCGGGCUGAGGUGGCUCUGACACUGACAAGAGAGCCGUGCCAUAAAUCAUAGCCGGCUUUAUCCUCUGUUUUAGUUUAAAGAGGACAAUAAUUUCCAAAAUAUAGAAUAAUCAUAUAAAUACAAAUCUAAAUAUAGGGUUUUGUUUUUACAAUUAAAGGAGUCGCCCCCUGCUGGCCAUUAGAAAUAAUAUGCUCUGCACUGGCUUCACUUUUCAGACCCAGAGGCGACAUCCAGCUUUGACCUGCACUUCAAAACAUUUCAGCCGUAGUGAGCUAAUUAUAAAACUCUCUGUGAAGCUGCAGGAUGCAAACAGUUACAGUUUCUUUAUUUUUCAAAGAAUUUUCGUUUUCAGUUUAUUGAUCUUUAAGUUGAAACUACCUGCCUAACAGCAAGGUUGCUGUUAGGUUUUUAUUUUACUAGAGUGCAGGAUAGAAGACAUUCAGUGUAAAUAAAAGUCUUUGCAAAGCCACCUGACUCACAGAAAUGUCAACAUCCCAACCUCAGUAAACACGCCGACGCCUGUUCCAGCUCACUGAACUGACACAUUUUAUUUUGUCCUUCACUCAAAACGAAGCGCAUGAGAACAUCUCAGAAUCUUGUAAUAUUUUGAUUCAAAAAUGAAUCCGCUUUGCUUUAAAACGACUGAUAAAUAUAUUUUGUUUCAUGAAUGUAAUACAUCCUGUUUUUGUAACUUCAGACAGCUAAGGUUGGCGUCCCAAGCACAAACCAUACGAAGUAUUAAUGAUCACUUAGACAUUUUGGUCUUUCUUCUGUUCUUUUUCCUUCCUCGUUGCACCUUAGGCUGAAGCUGCUCCUUGAAAAAACUAACACAAAGUAGCACCUGCAGCUGAAGAAGUCAGCACAUGUGUAAAUAACUGAAGUGCAAAGACCUGAAUUAAGAUGGAGUGAAGUGCACACUGGGUGGCUGCAGCAGGCUGCUGUGAUCUGCCUCAUCUCUGCUGUCGCCUCGUGGUGCAGCCGUGAUAACAGGAAACAUGUCGCUGCUUGUAGAGAGGCCUUCGCACUGUAAACAUACUUGAACCUGGAUCUGGGUGGGGAUGACCUCGCCGUGUCCCGUCGAUCAUUGCCGCAGUGAUGCCUGAAUCUCUGAGACGGGGGAACGUUCUGCACAGCGGCAGGUCUCCGUCUGUUUGGCCUGUGAUUCGGGCUGUUGUUUGGAAAAAUCCAAUGAAUCGUAUCUGUCUUUGUGCCAAAUGUGUGUUAGCUUUGGCUUCGGCCCAGAGAACCAAGAGUCAAUAAAUGUGAGAAG